AUUAGGCCGGAAGAUGCGAAGGUGGCUAGUAUUCGAGACUGUCCACGACCUCAGACAGUCACUGAGGUCGGUCAUUCUUAGGAAUGUGCGGCUACUAUAGAAACUUCGUUAAGAACUAUUCUACAGUCGCCUCUCCUUUGACUGAUCUAACUCGACUUGACACACCGUGGGACUGGAGUGAUGAGUGCGAGGGUGCUUUCAAGAGAUUGAAGCAUGCACUCAUGAAUCAUGAAGUCCUCAUGGUUCCCGAUCCGCAGAAGUCAUUCAUAGAGACCACUCACGCAAGCCAAUACGGCAUUGGCGCGGUGCUGGCUCAGCAGGAUGGAAACAAGUUAAGACCGAUUGAGUACAUGAGUAAGAAGAUGCCAUCGAAGAAGUUGGCUAAGUCCACCUACGAAAGGGAACUCUAUGUUCUUUACACGACACUUGUCCAUUGGAGACACUUCCUUUUAGGAAGAUUCUUCUAUCUGAGGACUGAUCAUCAGACCCUCAAAUGGAUCAAGACUGAACCGGCUCUUUCUGAUGCACUCAAGCGAUGGAUUAAGGUCAUAGACCAAUAUGACUUCAAGCUUGAGUACCUGAAGGGAGAGUACAACAAGGUUGCAGACGCGCUAUCCCGUAGAGCAGACUACCUAGGUGCGCUAGUUUCUGAAUUUGGCGUAUCUAAUGAAGUAACUCAAUCAUUGGUGGGAGCCUAUCACGAAGACCCUGUCACGAUGAAUAUCAUCCGCAGGCAAAAGACAAGGCCACAGAAAGAUGCUGGCUUCAAGAUUGCACUAGAGAAAAUCGAGUUUCACCUCUCGGAGAUCUCGUUUCUAGGGAUGGGGGCGAACGGGGAGCGGCCACAAAGCGGUCCUCCACCGGUGGGUGCGCACUCCAUGUCGGGAGGGGUGGGUGAGGGUUCACCAAACACGUACACACCGAUGGAGGGUCGGACUUCGCCAUCUUUUUCACACUCCCCACCGACCACCAAUCACAUUCGCCCACAAAACGUGUACUCUUCAGAUCCCGGUGUCAACCGUGGUGCCGCUUCUAUGCUUGGCCCGCAUGCCAACGUCAACAACUCCGAUGUCCCCAUGCCCAACCAUUCUCAUGAUUCGAGUGUAGAGGAGCCCGUCAUCGAUGGGGCGUUUGGUGGCGCUUUCACUGAACCUGCGAUGGAUAUCGCUGGGACACAAAGUGGAAGACCUGCGACUGUCGAGGUCGCAGACGACGAAGGCGGUGCGCACUGCAGCGAUGCAACUCCGCCAGCGGGAAGUGGGAAAAGGGCCGUCAGGGAGGACGGGGGGAGUCGUAGGGGACAGAGCAAGGCGAAGGCGAAAGAGCGAAUGCCGGAGUGGACAGACAAGGAGAGCAUGGCGCUUGUGAGGCUGCUCUUCGAAGAGGACUGCGCACAGCAAAGCAGGCGAGGGAGGCAGAAGAUCAGGAGUAGACGGGAGAAGUACGACUGGAUAAUAGGGAAAAUGGUUGAGCAAGGCUUUCCAAAACGUGACGUGGAGGACUGCGAGGGAAAGUACUACGCCCUCCUUGACAAAGCAAAAAAGAUCCGUGAUUACAGCGGCGAAUCAGGGAAGCCGAGCUAUUGGGACAUGUCGCGUUCGGAGAAAAAGGAGAAUGGCCUUCCGUUGACAUACGAAAAACACAUGUUUGAAGCUCUGCAAUGCAAGCUAGGGAAGGUGGACGGUUCGUGCGAGGACCUGAUGCACAGUGUCAAUCUGCAGAGAGGGCAGACGAGCACGGUCACAGAUGAUGAAGACACUGGCGGCACUAGUGAGAGUGGAGGGGGUCGACGAAAAGCGGAUACUAACAGCGUUGAGGGUUACAAGUCUCGACGGACCGCGGGUGUGAGCGGCCACAAACAGCGUUCCGCGGCAGAGAGCUCGAGUGACGCUUCAAGGGGAGGUUCGUUCGCAAACAUUGCACAUGCUCUUGUCGACGCGAACGACCAUCAUGCGGAGAGGAUCGCGGGGAGUUUUGCACAGGCCAUGGACGGAAUGAACAAGACCAUGGUCGAGGCGCGCACGACACUUGGCAAAAUGUCGUCUUCUCCGAUGCGCGGUGUUGGCGAGGUUGUGGACAUGGCCGGAGAUUUCGCGCUGACCCACAGGCAGCUCAUCGAGCAAGCGCAUGAGCUGGCCCGUAAGCGCGGGGUGCUGUUCACUCGCGUAUCGGCUACGGUGGAGGAGCUCCAGCGUCUGCAGGUUAGGGAUGAGGUGGGAAGGGAAGACAGGACCAUUAAUGAUGCGAUUAUCGAGGCAGAGGUCAAAUUUGUCAAGGUAUGGUCUGCGGAUUCACAGUUCCAUAGGGAGUCUCAGAGAGAAAAUCGUGUAGUUGCGACUCUUGAUGAGGAGGCGAUAGAGGACGAUGAGGAUGAGCUUACGGAGGAGGAGAAUAAAUAUGUUCGUAAAAAGGAGGCGGAGGUGGUGAGGAACAAGGCUGCGUUCAAUUCCACAAAAAAGAAAACAUACACUGAUGUGAGGGGGAAUGCGUUCCUACCUCUUGCCUCACCCAGAUGGGUCGAGACAAUGACGACUGCCUUCUCUGGCAGGGUCUGGUCCGUGGAAACCUUUUACUACCUUGCGCCCAUAGAUCAGAGGGGUUGUCGUCUGUUGGCCUCACUCACGCAGGAUGAGAUGAAGGCAGCAUAUAAUAGGGCUCUAGAGAUGAACACAACACCACCCGAUGUCAAGUUCCCGUUCAAUGGGGAUGGAGUCUUCCUCCUUCCGAUGUGUAUGAUUGAUGCAGCGAAAUGUAGUUUGCCACGUCCCACGGUCUCGAUCAAGGGCAAUAAGCCGCCGCAGAAUCCUUCAGCCCUUGCGAAGCUGAAAAGGAUUUGGAGCGUUGGUAGACCGUACAUCAAAUGCACGUGUAUUAUGGAGGGCAGAGCUGAUUGUGGCACUGGCCCAGCUUGGUUCGAUCACUUGGUAUGGUUUCUUCUAUACAACCUCGAAGUCCUCUACCCUGAUGCUUCCACUCCCAAACCGAAGGUUUCCUCGCUCAUCAAGUGCCUUUCCACAUGUUGGAAGCCACUUAUGCUGACAUCUAUAUCUUUUGGAUGCAUCAGGGAGGUGAUGAUGAUCUUGGCCAGGAGGAUCAUUGUUGAUCCAUCGCUGACCUCGGAAACCGUCCUCACAUGGAUUAACGGUUCUGAUCGCAAGGCCUUUAAGGAGUGUGUAAAGCUGCUCCCGAUGCCUAAGUACGUGAAAAAGAGGGCCAAGCCUUUUGACGGUGCGACAUCCUCAGGAACCAAGAGGGCAAGAGUAGAAGGGCAAGAGACAAUGGAUAGGUUCACUCAACCGCUUUUGACGUUGCCGAGUACGAGUAAUAACACGUAUUCCAAUUCACAAUUCAACCGAGGAGGCUGGAUUGGACCAAGUAAUACGAAGAGGAUUGAGACCUGGGAAGAAAUUGUUGCGAAGAUAAAGAUCCGCCAUGAUGCCGAAGAAGAACGUGAGAAGAAGAAGAUUGAAGCUGAGGAGAAAGAGAAACGGGAAAGGGAAGAUGAACUAAGAAGACAGAAGGACAAGCAAGAUCGUGAUGAACACUACAAGCAGAUAGGGGACUUGAUUUCUUUUAGACUUGGAGGUGCCGAAGAGAUUAUGAACCUGAAGAACAAGGAAGUGUGCGAUAUGGAGACUUUAAGAGCGGAGGUUAAUAACCUGAAGAAGAUGAGAAACUUACUUGCUGCGACGGUAAAUGAGGCAAAAACCUCUAUUCGGCUGCACCGCGAGUAUGAUGAGGUGAAACGAAAAGCACAGGAAGCGAACGAGAGGCGAAUUGCGGCACUAGAGGAGCAGGUGAUGAGCUUGAAGUGCAUCUCAGAGGAGGCAAUGAAUGAGGCGGAACGCUGGAAACUGGAAGCGCAACGACCAGGCAACAAACGUGGGAACAUUGUUUUUGGGGUUACACCGAGUCCGCUCCUGCGCUCUCGACCUCGAUGCGCUCUCGCUGCGACGCCGCUUAACACUAAGAAGAAGAUCGACGAUGAUUACAGCGAGUUGGUUGCAAGGCAUACGGAAGAGGUCAAUGUUUUGAAGGAAAUGAGGAUUCAUGAAGUCAACGGGGAAAACGAAAGCCUCACGAAUGAAGGAGACACAUCAAAGUCAGUUGCAACUGACUUACGACUUAGACUGGAGGAGGCGAUAGGAGGAGGCGAUGGUGGCUUUGAUAGCUUUGCAGCUGAAGCGGCCAAGAAGGAUGCACAUGCUAAUGAUCGUGAGGGGUUCCUGAGGGAGUGUCGACGGAUACUGAAGCCCCCGAAGAAGGACAUGGUGGUUUCCAUUUGCGAGAAAGAGAAAAUUACGUAUACCACAUUGGACAAGACGAAGGAAGAAAUAGCUUUUCGAAGGACACAGAAAGCUCAUGGUGAACUUCCACGUGGAACGUCGGGUGGGACUGCGAUAGAAGUUUCCGACAACAUUGAGGAAGCAAGUGAUGAUCUCGGUGGGAGAAGGGGAGACACAGGCUAUCGGAAGGGGAAGGAUCAUGGGUCGAAAAGCAAGAAAAGUCCAAACGGGGGACAGAACGCGACGGGAACAGAGAAGGAAAGGGAAGGGAAAAAGGACACCAGGUCGAAGAGUAAGGGAAAGAAGGGGGAGAACUGGUGGAAGGAAAAAGGGACAUCAGGGUUAAGGAGAGGGAAAGGUGGUGAGACAGAAGGUUCGAGGCGUGCAAGUUUCAACGAUCUGACAUCAGAGUCAGAAUCUGACAGUGCGGGUUCGGGCGAGGGAAAAUUGGAAAGAAGAGCGGCAAGAGCUCUGAUGAAAGCUAAGUCUAAAACGAAAUCGAAGCACGUAAAGAAAAUUCGGAAGGAUGAUGCCUCGUUUUCAGACCAUGGGGAAGAUGGUAGGGAGGGUAACAAAGGCUCGGAGGGGAAAGGAACCUCAGCAGAGGAAGGGCAAUCAGGUGGCCUCUUGGGGGGUGUCCCAAUGGAGACUCUGGGCAGAGGAGAAGCUGAUACCCCGAGAUUUUUAGUUCCGUUGAUAUGUGCUAACUCGAGUAAAGGGGUAAAGAUUCUCGCAAUUCAAUUGGCCGAUGGGUCAAUGGAACUGCCAACAAUCGAAGCUAACGAAUCACUCACGGAAUCGGUAAUUCUUAAGAGGACUAAAGCAAUUAUUCCUUCUUGUGUGCAAUGUCGUGUAAUCCAAUGUUUGAGAACAGAAGUUCACACAAUUUCCACGGAAUCCGGGAAAGUGAGAUUUCUGUUUGCUUUUCUCAAUGCUAAGAUGGAUAACUCAAUAAAGGAAAAGCUGGAAGGUUUGGAUUGGGACUGGUUUUCGUUUGAGAUCUUAGAUUCAUAUCUUAAUGAGGAACUGGAUUUCAUCCGAAUGAAGGGAGCCACGGCAAAGCUGAUAGCAGAAUGGUUGAACGACGCAGAGGUGCACAGGGGGAUACUGUUUGACGGGUCACUGGCCGGUAUUCUGCAGUCACCCUGGCUUUCUGAAAAUGCAGCAUUACAAAACCAGAAUGGCGCACGAAGGCGGAAGCAGAGUGACCUGAACUUUGCGUCAGGGGGCCGGAUCCAUGGCAACGACGGCCUCCUAGGGUCCAAUGGUGAGCAGCGACUCAACGAAGUUAGUACAUGGUGGACAGGAUUACAGUUUUGGAGUCCGGCGAGGGGGGGCAAAGGGGAUCAAGGGACGAGGGGAGGCGUGGGGAUCCUGUUUCACAAGAACCUGGACAUUCAGAUAUUGGACCAUAUGGCAGAUAUCUGGGGGCGAUGGGUAUGGUCCGCUGUGGAUGCACCUUUGUCCUUUACAAUCAGGCAGCUGGACGUGCCGAUUCUUAACGCGGUCAAGUGGGCGCAGUGGUGGCAAGCUUACGUGGCACUCAAUUUUUGCCUCCUCGAAGUUGCCUUCCAUUGGGCGGAGCCUGCUGACAAGAGUGAGGAGGACGAGAUCGCAGACAACGAGGUGUUGUUGCUGCUCGUCCAGGUUUGGAGAACGGACAUGGAGGGGGAGUUGUUGGGGAUCCUGUUCGGAGAAGUGCGCGACGGCCACCUGGACUCUAUUUCGGACGAGUUGCUGGUGUUCUUGACCCAACUAUUGGACGAUCUGCCAUUGGAAAUCCUCUCGCGCUGCGACGAGAAGCCGGGAACAGCCCCGCUCACUCGUACCCUGGUGCCACAUCUCCUGUGGUCCAUGUGUACGGAGCUGGACGAGGGUACCUCAAAGAUGAAGUUGGAGCUACGGCACCACAUAACUUUCACCGCCUGUUCUCGCCGCGAUGCGCUCUUCCGCUCCGGCCACCUCUGUCACGGCUUCCCUAGUUAUAACGGCGGCCCGCCUAUCACGCGUUUCCGGUGGGACCACAAGACCAAAACCUAUCAGUGCACGAAGACCAACGGAAGCCUUUGCAUCCAGUGGACGACCAAGGAGCAAUCUCCAGGGGAGAUGAGGGUGGCGUCCUGCCAGUGCCAUGAGAUGGGCCAUGAGCACUGCAAGUCCUGGGCCUGCCUGCGGGACGAAGCCGUCCUUUGUGACCUUCGCAAGACGUUCGACUGCGGCUCGCUCGUCUUUCUCGCCGAUGGAACGCAGCUCACAAGCUCCUGCUGCACUAGGGAUGACGAGGACAUCCUAGUCCCUUCCGUUCGCGACAUACAGAAGGAAUGGACGUCGUGCACUUGCAAGAAGACCGUGCAGCAGCUUUCCUCCGCCUCCGACUCCGCCGGCGGCUCUUCGGACUCUCAAAAGGCCAUAGCCGAGUUCGGCGGCUCUUCGGACUAUCGAAAGGCGAAGACAAACUACUGUGUACAAUGGAAUUGCACGGACCGGGACAUCACCAGCACCGAGGAAGAAGACUAUGUCUGUACGGGGUUUGCAGAGAGCUUUUGCAGCGAUUGGGAGGGGAGCAUAGAAGGGAGGGAGGCGUUCGAGGUGUCCAGGUGCGAGUGCAACCUCGUCGUUAACGAGACCGAAGAGGGCCUCGACUACUGCGCAUCGUGGGUUUGCUACUUGAAAGGUUUUGAUUACCACGACCCCAACCUUGCCUGGUCCGCCUUCGGGAUCCUUAUCGCAAGUCCUCUUGUUAUCGACAGUUUCUUUGUGAAUCCGCAUCGGUAUCGGGAUCCCUAUGGAGAGCAGGCUCUAAAGAAGGUCGUCAGCAAUCUGGUUGUCUGGGCGGUGCUCAUGUUCGUCACAACGUUUAUGGGAGGGGUAGGGGCUCUGUUAAUUACCCUGGCUUUUCAACUUGCACCCUUUCUGAUGAUUUGCCUGGGCGUCCUCUGCUGCAGGAAGAAGGCAAGAAACACCCCUACGGAGUCCUUUCCCGGCGGCUGGUGGAAUGAGGUCAUCGAGAAGUUUCAAUGGCUUGAGGCGCACCCGCGGCCAAGCAAACCUGCGCAAGCCCUCAUCACCUGCAUGAAAACUGAAAGCAUGGAUGUGAUCAGGCAGUUACUGGACACCGGCGGAUUUCCGAAUUUCUUCGAUAACAUCCUGUUCAGCGACAUCGCGAAAAUCGCGCGAACUUGGGAAGAUGACAGGCAGAACUAUGGAAGGGAAGUUGAGACCCUGGCCGCAGAACUUGAGAUCAGGAAGGAUGCGUACGCCAGGGAAAACGCCGAGCGUCCGGGUAGAACGACUAGGAUAGAGCAGAUCUUCCUUCGGGCCUGGCAACUAAACGAUGCGCACAUUAGGAAUCACAUCCCAGCAAAGAUCGGUACCCCUCCCCCUCCCCCUCCCCACCCACUGGAGCCUGCUGCGAGAGCAGCUAGGUGCCAGGCACUCGAUGUCAAUGACGACGAGCUCGACGAAAUGGAGCAAGCCAUAGCUGCCAUUUCGGCCACUGCUCGGGCACUGCAGCACAGACCCACCACACGCCGUAGGCAACCGCAACUUGUAGCCUCGAAUAGGCAAUUUACAGCCUUCGCCGCCAUCGCCUCCCAUCAAUGGAUCGAGCACACAUGCCAGGCCUUCAGGCAUUCGAUCUGGAGGAUGGACACCUACAAUCACCUCGCGCCGAUCUCCAUAAAAGCGUACCAAUUUUUGGCUGCGCUUUCGGAUGACGACGUGAAAAAGUGCAGAGCGAUUGCCUACAAGGGGCAGCUGAAGUACUGCGGGAAGGGCAAUCCGCCCUUCAAGCCCACUGAUCUCCCAUUUCCCCUUCUUACGUACGUAGAUCCGGACAAGUGCGGCGAUUCAGAGCCAACGAUGUGGCAUAAGAAGAUUUGUCAGAGACGUACCGAAGGCACGUUUCUGCACAUGAGAUACACGAGCAGGGUCAUGGAAGCUUUUUUUGCGAGAAGAGUAAUCCUGGACGCGCUGAGACGAGUAGUGGGGGAGGAAGCUGAGUCCUGGCUUGAUGAUGUCGUGAUCGGCUGGACCUACAACGAUCCUCUUACGGCUUACCUCUGCAAACCAAAGAGAACCUUCAGGGAUUUCAACCUCGAUCAGUGGUCGAAGGACUAUGAUGCUGCUAGAUGUUCGUGCCGCUCACAGAGGUACUCCUCUCUUCGCAGUCACAUUCCCUCGCAGCUCAUUCCGGACUCGCCUUACCAGCACGUGGUCACAAUGAAUCCGAACGUCACCGACAACAGUAGGCUCAGAGCAAUGCUGAAGCUUGGACUCAAUCAUGUCCUGCUGAAGGCACUUGACAUCGACGAAGCGUUGUACGAGUUCGAGCAACUGCUGAUCAAGGUAGCGGUGAGCGUGCACGAAGUCAUGCAACUCAGCGAGAGAAGGAGGAAGGUGGUCAGCAGGUAUGCACUCGCAAAGGCGAAAUCCAAGAUGCGCAAGUAUUGGACCAGGCACAGGCAUAUAGCAGCUGAGCCGAUCGAUCAGACCUUCAUCAAGAAAGAAAUUGAGUUCCUUUCCAGGAGGUUCCUGAUCCUCGCUACGGACAAAGCAGCCAACACGCCGUCCUUCGUCUGCAUGAAUUUCAUCAGGCAACUUGCGCUGGCGAGACUCUUUAGUCCGGAUUUCGUCCAGAUGCACGUGGAGCCGGAGAUCUUAAUAGAGGGCAUGCAAGCUGAAACAGAGCACUUGAUUGCGCUACCUCGCAUUGGGGCAACGCUACCAUAUCUCAUGGCAGUAUUCAAGGCCCACAAAGGGACCUUCAGGUGGAUCACCAACACAGCGAACUCAGCCGUCUCUUCCAUGGCCGAGCGAUGCGCAUGUUUACUGAGCUUCCUGGUACCCUCCGUCAGAGAAUUUUGCGAAGAAGAGGUCUGCUUGAUGGAAGCUGAAUUUGGAGUGAAGCCUAACCUCUGGUGGCCGACCUCCUCGGUUGGUGAGUUUGCGGCAAGUCUCUCGCCGAUGAUUUCGUCUGUUUACUCGGCCGACAUCACUUGCUGCUUCGAAUUGAUCCCGACGGAUGCCUCCGAGCACAGUCUGAUAGCUGUUGUGAAGUUCUUCGUGGAAUGUGCAAUGAAGCACAGACGCGACAGGAGCCCGAGGGACGCGAUCACAGUUCAUGUAAGCGAAAGCGGGUGGAUGAGCGCUGCAUGGACCGACAAGCAUCUUUGUUCCACAGAUGCUGCUAUGCACUUCACGGAGAUGCAGGUUAUCUGGGUCACAGAGUGGUGCGUGACACACAGUCUCGUCCAGCUGGGCGGUCAAGUCUGGAGACAGGUCCUGGGGAUUCCCAUAGGUCUGGCCUGCUCCCCGAUCUGGUGCGACGUGUACUUCUUCAAAUACGAGUAUCAGGCCAUGCAGAGAAUGUUGAGAAGUGGCCUGCACGAGCUGGUUGCUUCCUUCCGGUAUACCUUCAGGGUCAUCACCACCUUGGACAAGAGCAGAGCAGCUCAGGAAGAGGCCAAGUCACUGCAGCUUAUUUUUUAUCAGUCGUCUUGGCGCAGGCACAUCGCUAUUAUGAUCAGGGCAAAGCAGAUAGAGCUGAAUUACAAGCACUUUGAAAAACACAAACCAACAGCUAGCGCUUUCAGGAAUGCCCUAGCUGGAUUGGCGGAUGAACUCUGUGAUAAGAGAUGUCCUGAGGAUGUAAAGACCAUGAUGAAGACUCUGAAACUUGACACGGCUUUUCUGGCUCUGUCCAAGAUAAACAGCGAAUGGGACCAGCAAGAGAACAAGGCGGCGAUCAGAAGCGGGUAAGUGGCAGCGGUAUUCGCUGACCUCAAUUCUAUCCUAAGUAGCCAAGCUAUUUAUC